AUGACGAGAAGAAAGAUACAGAUAAAGAAAAUAGACAGUGUAACAGCAAGACAAGUGGCUUUCUCAAAGAGAAGGAAAGGUCUCCUCAAGAAGGCACAUGAACUCUCAAUUCUCUGUGAUGCCGAGAUUGCUCUCUUGGUCUUCUCUUCCACUGGCAAGCUCUUUGAUUAUGCUAACUCAAGUAUUCAGCAGGUAAUUGAAAGGCACAAUCUUAAAGGUGAUGAGAACGAGCUGCACAAGGCAGGAGUAGCAGAAAAGACUCGUGAAUUGAGGCAGCUGAAUGAGGAAGAGCUUCAAGGAUGCACACUUGAAGAAUUGCAGACCCUAGAGGAAAGACUUGAAAGGGACUUGUCCCGUGUUUCAAAAACAAAGGAUGAAAGAAUCUUAAAACAAAUCAAUGCACUUAAGAGAAAGGGAAUCCAACUGAAGGAAGAAAACCAAAGAACGAAGCAGAGCCUUGUGCAUGAACAAGGGCAGUCUUCUGAGUCCAUCAUCAUUUGCAGUUCAUCUGACAUUAAUCCUCCUCAAGACUGUGAUAGUUCUGAUAUAUUUCUCAGGCUUGGGUUAUCUUUAUUGAAAUAAAAGCAUAAAUGUUAUUUUCCUUAGAGAAUUACACUUACGAACAGCGAAACACGAUCUCUAGCUUCCAUUUAAC